AUGUUCGGAACUGCUACCGGGUCGAAACGUGGGUCUAAUACCCAGGCACCACGAGGUCGUGUUGCUCGUGGGAACCGAGCUUCGUCGAGACCAGAUGUCUCAACGAGAGAUUUAAAGAAGAGCCUGUUUGAUACGAAUAUUCGCCGUGGGAGAGGGAACAGUGGUGCGACGACGAGCCUUAGAGGGCAGAAUACCUCCCGUGGAAGGAGGAUAGAAACUUCCAAAGUCAAUGGCGCCUUAUCUCGAGGCUCGGGUGGUUCGAAUACUCAAGAGCGUUCGCUAUUUGGAAGCGCCUCCACUGUAUCCUCUAUUGAUCAAACAAGAGACCCUCGACGCAACAAUAAUGCCGCUGCCAGAUUACAAAAACCUACAAUGCACGGGAACCGGGAUGAUUUAAGUCGUUUUGAACAGUUAAAACGCCAUCGCUCCCAGCAACGCACUAAAGCUAUUGAUGAAGGACUCAUGGCAGAUCCAAACCAGCCUACUUCCUUAAAUCGAGCCAUCACUCCGACAGGCACUUGCACCGAGAUGUGCCCCGAAUACGAACGAGUGGAACGAAUUGUUCAAAAAAUGGUUGACAAAAGCGAAAAGUACCUUAAUCCUGAUACCGGCGAACUGGAAAUUAUGGAAACAAAAAUGUUGAAAAGAUUUAGAAGAUCUGCCGCCGGCUACGAUGAGCAACUUCCCUCUGACAUCAGAACCCCAAACACCUUGUUACAAACACUUAACUAUAUCCUCCGGUGCGUGAUUACUAACGAUCAUCAGUUUGGUGUUGUCCACAAAUUUGUGUGGGAUCGAACCCGAUCCAUCCGCAACGACUUUUCCAUUCAACAACUCACUCGACAACAUGAUGUCGAGAUUGCGGUCAAGUGCCUCGAGAGAAUCGCCCGUUUCCAUAUUCUAUCGCUCCAUUCCCUUUCUAACCCCGCAAAUAAAGAGCAAUUCGAUCAUCACCAAGAAAGGGAACAGCUUAACAAUACACUAUUAUCCUUGUUAUACUAUUACGAUGAUAACCGAAGUCGCAUGGAUUUUUCUAAUGAAGAUGAAUUUCGAGCAUAUUACAUUCUCUUUUCCAUUCAUGAUCAACGUCCUGACCUAGAAGCUCGUAUGCAAAAAUGGCCCCGUGAGCUACGUCAGGCCCCUAAGAUACGUGUGGCUAUGGAGCUCUUUGCUGCUGCAGGAAACAAUUGGGAGUAUCAAGGGACCCUCGAUGCACGACGGCCGAAUGCUAUUGCUCAGGCUUUUUACAAUAGAUUUUUUGGCAUUAUCCAUUCUAAAAGUGUUUCAUACCUUAUGGCAUGUGUUGCAGAGAUUUAUUUUAAUCAGAUUCGACAAACCGCAAUAAGAUCGAUAUGGAAAGCUUACUGCCGACAGCCACUCUCACAGCAACACAAAAAUCAAGAGUGGAAAGUCGACGAUCUUACGAGAGUUUUAUGGUUCGAUGAAGAAGAACAGACAAUUAAGUUCUGCGAAGAGCAAGGCCUCGAGUUUGCGACCGACUCACAAGGCGAACUUUACCUUGACUGGGGUAGCCGUUCACUUGAUUCUUCUGUCUUCCAACCGUCUUCCCAGCAGAUAUUUUCCUAUUCUUUGGUUGAAUCCAAGCGUUUUGGGAGAACACUGCCCUCUAUCAUUCUUGGCAUGAAUGUUUCUCAGGCCCUUAAGCAUGGAAUGAUUGAUAAAUCAUUAUUAUGCCAAGAUUCAAGUCCGAUACCCCUUUCCGAUAAGCCUGAUACCGAACAAGAAAGUCUUUUUGUUAGCGACGAUGAAGAGGAGCAGCAGACCGAACCUCUUGACACCACAUCACAUCAAAAAACGGUAUCAUCCCAGCCCAUCGAUAUCCAGAAUAACCAUACUGUACCAAGCCCAUUCCAAAAUUCAUUUGGGGCAAUGUUUUCUCCCUCCCAGACGUCAACGCCCUCUUCUCCUAACCUAUUUUCAUCGAAACCCGCGCUGUCCGCUUCGGCACCUGCCUUUUCAUCUCCCUUCGGCUCGACCUUGGAAAACAUGUCUGCUCCUAGUGCUCUCACCUUCCCUAGCGUCCUUCACUCGUCACCUACAUCGUCGCCCUUUAAGAAGCCAUUUUUUGGAGCCCCUUCAGCCCCCAUGUCUACCAGUUUUGGAAAACCUAGCUUUAUUCCCACUUCUAGUGCAAGUGGAAGUCAGAAUAUCGCCAAUCUUUCCGCACCGUCAAAUCUGUAUACAAAUCCUUUUACACCGACCGCACCACAAAAAGAUUCCACGCCAGAAAAUCACAAAACGAGUUCAGAACCUGGCUUCUCAUCGACAAUCUUUUCAACCGCAGCUCCUUUGGCGUUUCCAAAUACCUUUACUGCUAGUCCGUUUACUGCUGCAGAUACUGGCAAACCUAAGCCUUUAUUUGGGACGUCGUUGAGUACACCGUCCUCCCUACGGACCGAUGCCCUUACUGACGUGAAACCUCUUUUCGGCGCUAUUGGAUCUUCGGAAACUCAAAACCCAUUUUCUCGUCCAAACAAUGCCUCUAUUAGCCAGAAGCCACUGCCAGCAGCUUUCCAUAUGUCUCAAGCUACGGAAAAUACACCAGCCAGUCAGCCAUUCAAAUUUACCACAGCAGCAGCGCCUGGUGUCCCACAAUACCUUGAAAAUCAGGCUCAAACAUAUACAGACCACAAAGACACCGUACCAAAAUCAACAUGGUCAACUCAGGCUGAACAGAUGACCAGCUGGGGCCAAAACACUGAUGCCCCUACCCGGAUGAAUCAAUUUAGUUCUCUGUUCGCGGCCAAUGCAAAAUCUGUUGGAGAACAAGAUCCGACCCCUACCAUUUUAGAGCAAGCGUACUUAAAAGAGCGGGAAAAGAAAGGACUUGAAGAAGAGGCUGCCAAAGAGACAGAAGCGAAGCGGGGAUUUGAACAGCAUCAAUCUGCACUACAGGAGGAGCAGAUGAAAGAAAAGGCUAAACGAGAGGCGGAGGAAAGGGAACGGUCUGUUCAAGAACAAGAGAGGGAACUGCUAGCGGCGCAGCAAGAAAUAGACCGAAGGGAGAAAGCAGCUCGGGAAGCUGCUGGAAGAGAAAUCGCCAAACAGCAGGCCAUUGAAAGAGAGGUGGCCAAACGAAAGGCUCUUGGCGGUGAGGACGAAGAGGAGGAUGUGUUUUUGGCUCGCGGCAAACCAAAAAUGGCAAAGAUUAACGCUACGAAAUCUCUCUCAGUUGAUGAACUACUAGCACUUGAGCUAUCAGCAUCAAAAGCCGCCCCACCGAAACCACGUACAGAACAAAAGUCUAUGAUUGAUGAGGAUGAAUUGCUUUUCACUGCAGCCCGUAUCGCAGGCAGAGAACUGUCCCGUGUCGGGCUAUUCCACGGUCUACCUCAAUUUCAAGGAUCUGCUUCACGUCAUUCGACACCCGCCGUAUCCUCCCCUGUCGCCGAUCCAGUAAGCGGCAAUAAUCAUAGCAACGAAAACUCGCGUGCCAUCGUGAAUGGGUUUGAAGUUGCAUUGGCACCACCCACGCCGCUUGGGUUGGGCAGAACGCUCUCCAGGACCGAGCAGCGAAUCAGAAAUACCGGCGCAAAUGGCCUUGCUUAUAAACCGAUUACGAAUGUGCUUGAGUCGAGGUCCAAGAAAGAAAAGCAGAAAGCUAUGACACGCCAAUUCUCUAAUAGUCAAUAG